AUCCCAUAGAACUGGAAAAUCAACGAACUAAACCCAAAAUGUUCAUCGUUUAUCCGGCGACAAUUGCCGGCGGCGCAACCACAGCGUACUCAUUUGCUAAGUCUAACUUGAAAAAUCCACCAUCUGUGUCCGUCGCAAUUUUUAAUAUCCACCGCUCAGUCUUACCGCCACGAUCACGUCUAAGCCGUGUUCACGCAGGAUUAUCUCCGCAACCGCCCAAUACACAACCCGACCCGCCUCCUCCCAAGGAGAAUGAUCGCGAAGGUGCAGGUAUUGUUGCAACUUUGUCUAGACUUCAGGACCGCAUUCAGAUCUUCUCUGCUGUUCUUUUAUGGAUGUCUCUAUUCUUCUGGGCCUCUGCCUGGGACGGAAGGAACGGAGACAGUGGUAGACCAAACAAGGGAUCUCGAUUUAGAAGAUGAUGUUGUAAGCAUUUAAAUUGUAUAUAUAUUGUAAGUGUCUUAGAGGGAGAGUGACCGGUAUUAGAACAUACAUACUAAGAAAGAAUACGCCAUUUCUAUAUAGAUCAUUAUAGUGCAUUUAUCACAUUCAUUUUGCUUGUCUAAAUUAGGAAAUUCUGGAUAAUUCAAUGGAAGUGAAACAUUCAUAUGCA